AUGGGAGGGCACGAUGCUGGGAGCCAACACCAGUUUACAGGGAUUGCCAAAUAUUUUAAUUCAUACACCAUUACAGGAAGAAGGAAUUGUGGUCUGACCACUUAUGCUGGCAUUGCUGCCAUUUUUCUGUACUUCAAACGGAAACCAAAGAAAAAGAAGGCAGUUGCUGCUAAGUGA